ACCCUUUUGUUACAGACUCCACAUCUCUCUCUCCACAUGAACCGGCGACGACGGUUUAUUCAAGAUUUCGGUUUUCGUAACAUCAUCCGGUUCUCGCUUGUCAAUAACUGCCGUCUCUGUUUUGGCCUUCAAGUCUUUGAGGUGGGCCGUGUAGCACUUGGAACACAGGCCCUUGUUCUCCGCCGUGCCGUAGAAUCCGCAGCCGCCGGAGCAUGGACGGGGGGCUUCAGGCUGUGGCCGCCGCCCGCCGCCUAAGGUCCCGCCAGCGUGAUUUAUGGAAAUUUAAAAAUGAAUGGAGAUGUGAGAGAUUCAUUGUGGAGGAAGCAAAAUCAGAAUGGAUGGAGUACAAGGAAAAUCUGGACAAGCAAACUGUGGAAAAACAGAGAAAAGAUGAGACCAGAGAAGUGAUUAAGGAGACAAUCUCCUUGAAGGUAGGGCAGUGCUUUGCUGUCAGUGCCUCUUUGUCACAAUCUGGCAAUCUGGAGAUGGGAUGUUUGGCCUGGGAGGAGAAUGCUGAUAUCAAGGAGUGGAAAAGCAUAAGAAAGCAUGAAGGCAAAAACCUUGAUGCUGAGCUAUGGGCAGUGAGUUGGGCAAUGCAGAAGAUCUUGCAGAUUGGUUGGAGUGAAGUGUGCUGUCAG